AUGUCUGGGCGCCACGUGGGCCGUUCUAACACUUACAACUGCCUGAAUCAUCCUAACAAUAUGUCCCUUCCGGCCCGGACUUCAGGCUGGACCCACUGCUCCGGCCUCACUGGGGCCAACAGCCUCAAACGCACCCGCAUGCCUAGUGGCUCAGAGUUCAGCAACAGCAGCAGCCCCCCAGAGAGGUCAACCAGCCCCACCUCCCCCAGACUCACACUGGGGCAAAUCUGCAUGGGCCGGCCCUACAACUCCAAGUGUGUGGAGACAAGCCAUCUGGCAAACCCCCCCAAGGUGGCCCGAAAGCCAGCCUGCCGAGGGAGCCCCCACUGUCUGCUCUGCACAGAUCGUCCCUCUGUCCCCUCCAGCCCUACCUUCCUGGAUCAGCUCAUCAAAGGCAUCAACUACCUGGACCGAUCCACCAAUUCCUUCCACACCCUCUGCCCCAAAACAGCACUGAGCCUGCCACGGCUUGCAGCUAACUACCUGGAACGAGCCACCAACUCCCUCCACCUGGACCAACUGGACCACUCCUCCCAAUACACUCAAUUAGACCCCAGCACCAUCACGGCCACUUCUGACCAGUCUAGCUCUAUCAACAACACCUCUGUGGUGCCAUCCACCAGGGGUACUUGUGCUUUGCAGUCGAUGGACGAUGCCACCAAUGUUGGUUACAUGGGCCAAGUCAAUAGCCAGAACUUCAUUCCCACUCUCCCGCAGAGGCCAGGGCUGAAGCUGCCUGAGCUCCCCUUGUUUGGCAACGGUAUCUUUUCCUUAAGUCGUCUGCCCAAGUUCUGGGAAGCAAUCCGCUCAGGGUGGAGUGCCCCUGAGCCCAUCCCCAAACCCUCUAACUGGUGGUGA